AUUCAUUCAUUCAUUGAUACACACAUUGAUCACCCCCAUUUCUCAUUCCCCUAAUCUUUUCCAAUUUCUUCUUCUCCAAGUCUCUACACCACCUUCAAAUCCUCUAGAAACCUCUACAGACUUCCCCUUUUCUCUCUCAUCACCAAUGGAAACCCUAGCUUCAUCUGCACCAAUCGUAUCUUCAUCCUCUACAUCCAUCAAAGUUUUCUCUCCAAAAUUCAAACAUUCUGUUGCAAAACGACUCCUUCGCUUCCCAAUUUCAUCCAAAAGUGAUGGAAAUGAAUCUGAUAUGCGAUCGGAUCCUAAUGAUGCGAGUAUUGUUCCGAUUUCUACCUACAGAAUGUUCUCGAAGGAUGAUGCGAUGGGAUUAGUGUUGAGUGCAGCAAAUGUUAGGGGUUGGACUACAGGGUCAGGUAUGGAAGGGCCUUCAGUGCCUGCAGGUGGUAGCGGGGAUAAUGAAUCAAAUACCGAGAACAUCUCCACAUUUCCAUGGUCUCUUUUCACCAAAUCUCCAAGACGUCGUAUGCGUGUUGCUUUCACUUGUAAUGUAUGUGGUCAACGGACAACUCGUGCUAUUAAUCCCCAUGCUUAUACUGAUGGCACCGUCUUUGUUCAGUGUUGUGGGUGCAAUGUAUUUCACAAACUGGUGGACAAUUUGAAUCUGUUUCAUGAGAUGAAAUGCUAUGUCAAUCCAUCCUUCAAGUAUCAUGAUCCUAAUGGGGAUGUUAGCAGCCUCGGUUUCAAAUAUCUAGACAUGAACGAUGACGACAAUGAUAACAUGUUUCCCAUCAUAUGAGGCGUGCAAAACGGUUGUGCUGUUUCUAACUAAGGAACACACUUGGUGAUUGUAAAUAGUUUGGGAAUUAUAGUUUAGUGUUAAUGUUAAUUAAAUAAAGUAGAAUGUUGUCUUAAUGGGGGUAAAUGCUUAAUCUCAAUUAUUUGGAACUCUCUGUGAUCAUAUCAUACUUUUUUUAAUCAUGGUGAUGAACUUAAUAGUACUUUCAUUAAUAGAGAGCUAUAUAUAUUUCACCUUU